UCUCCCGGCCUCUCUCCGCAGCGCAUGACGGACAAGUGCUUUCGGAAGUGCAUCGGGAAGCCCGGCGGCGCGCUGGACAACUCGGAGCAGAAGUGCAUCGCCAUGUGCAUGGACCGGUACAUGGACGCCUGGAACACGGUUUCCCGAGCCUACAACUCUCGGCUGCAGCGGGAGAGGGCCAACAUGUGA